UAAUUUCUUCAAGCGAGAUUAUAUUCCGACGAGCAGAAGAGGGAAACAAAAUUACAGCGGGAUUAAAAUGGUCCGCCCUUUUGGUUUAGGUCUCGCGAGCAGGUGCGGGCACCUGCGAGUAUCCCAGAGAAAGAGAGAGAAAGAAAUACAUUCGCGAAAAUAAGAAACAAAGAGAGAAUGAAAUACAUACUCUGGAGGGAAUCCCCGUAAUCCGUGCGCCCUAAGCGCGUGCAAAAGCGCCAGGCCACCCCUGCUCGGGGUUGCGGUGGGUGGCGGAACUACGAGGUGGUGGCCAAGGAGCCACAGUUGGUUGCGGGCUGUCGCCCUGAGAACAGCGCGCGUGCUUCUGCCUCCCUCACGGCACGCGACCUCGUGAUCGCGUGAUCGUGGAACAAAUCUCGCCCAUCGCAUCAAACAAAUCGUGCUGGUCGAGUUGUUGAUCGAGUCGCAAUCCAUCGGUCACCUCGCCAAGGUCGGCACACGGACGAUGCAACACUGACAAAAUGUGCGACGUUGAUGUAUCCGUCAGCACAUCGUUUCUAAUCUUCAAUCAGAUUCUAAAUAGCCUCUAGUGUGCGACGCAACAAAAGAGUUUUCAUACUUGCGUUUUAUGCGCGUGCGGUAUUCGGCGGUCAAUCGCCGAAACGAUAUUGAUGGAAUGAAUCGUGAGAAACGCGAAUUAUCGCUACAUGUGUGAUAAUUGAUUGUUCUAGAUGGGUGUAAAUUGAAUCGUGCGAUUUUGUGCCUCUACUGUACUUUAGUUUGAUAAUUCAUUAUCCCGGCGAGAGAUUCGGAGCAAGCUCGUCUGCGAAAAGCUUGCGCGGAUGACCUCGUAUCCGUGAUGGAGUGAAUGUACGGGUUCUGAUAAAUCGUUUGCAAACUUUGAUAUAUUAAGUAAUAACUAAUUCAUAUAGAACCGACACAGACGCGAGAAGGGAGCUAGAAAAACACGAAGCGAUGGCGCUUUAGCCAUGGUGGAGAAUAAGCGAGGUCAAAGGGGUCACUAUAUCGCGAGAAAAAAAGAAUCGCCCCGCGAAACGAUCCCUUUGAAACUGAGAAAGAACAAAAUUGCCCUUUUUCCAGCUCGUCAGCAAGUUCAGUUAGUAUAUGUGUAUAACAGUUUCUAGAUAAUCUUGUUGAGCGCAUAGAAAUAAAUCAUUCCAGAGUUAAUCACUCCUCGACGCCUCGAGUAGCGCGAUGCGAGGUGAAGAAAAACGAUGGGUCGACAUAAUUUCGUUAUUAAUACUCACGCUACAAAUGCAUGUUAAGCUUUUGCGCGUGUUAAGUUGAUCAAUUUGGCAUAGAUACUGAAAUAGGAAAGAGGUGAAAAAAUUGAAAGCUGAAUUGCGAUUAAUCCUCGUCGCGAAAGGUCAGAGGGCACUGCGACUUUCCUGUUGUUAGGCGAAUACGAUAAUGCGUUCCGGCCUACGAUUCGACUCAUUGUCACUUGUUCGAAACUUUCUAAUCGAGGAUACGGUAUGCACGUGUGCAAAACGUGUUCGCGCGAUAGUGUCACGCGACAUGUCGGAGUUCGCGUCGAAGUUGUCGGAUCUUGUUCGGCAAUCUACUUGUCGCCUUCCAUUAUAACUCACUUUUAUGUUAGAGAGGCAUAGAAGAAGCGUCGUUGAACUAAACAUUGUUAACACCGUGGCUGUGUAGGUCAUGUCAAGUGUUGCGUCAAAGGCUUUGGCGGUGUUCAAGAGGGAUCAAGGUUCAUUUAUAGCGCGCAAAUCCUUGUGCAUACACAUUGGUGAUUCUCUGUGAUUUCAACAUUAACCUCAAGAGCAAUAACGAAGCAAUCAUAAAUGUGCAUUAAGGAAAACGACAUCGUUCCGCAGCAACCGCGAAUUAUUUCUCGUAGGAAAGAUCGACAAGGAUCGUAAAAUAACAUUUUCAAAAAUUAAUUAAUCGUCGAAGGCUUUCUGUGAAGAAAGAAAUCGUGAAGAUUUUUAACGCGAACAAUUACACAUAGAUUGAAAACAAGAAAAAAAUUGAAGAUAUUACACACUUACAUUCUUUAUACUCUUUUCGAAUAAUUAUGAGAGUAGUGCUUGUGUAAGCUUUUCUUAAAUGAGAGCUUCACAACUAUACGGUUCAUGAGCGUUUAGCAGAAACGUCAGGAAUCGUUACAUAUACAUGAUUAUUCUAGGAACAAUUUAGGAAGACGAGGGACAAAGUCUCUUUGCAACGGCGCGAAGUGAGAUUAAGAGAGUGACAACGUUGUGUCUCAAGAAAUGAGUGACAGGAAGAUGAAAGGAAAAGAGCUUUCGUGCAACUACGAUAUAACGAACCAUGAGAAAGAUUACCGUCGUGUCGUCGCGAAAAUGGCGAUAGGCUGAAUACAUUUAGCGAUAUCACUUGACAUGCGUUUACCUGCGUUCAAGCGAAGAUAGGAGAGACACUUGCCGAAAGAGAAAAGAGACUCGAGGGAAUCGCGCGCGAGCUAGAAAUCCAUUAUCAUAUUAGUCUGAAUAAAUACUCGGAGGAUUUCCUUGUAGGUAAGAUCGAUCGCGAGGUCCCAGCAGUCUACUCGACAUCCAUUUUCCGAAGGACCGAAACUGUGGAUAUUUCAAUUCUCUCACCCUCUGCUGUCUAUCUCUCUUCUCUUUCUCUUGCUCUUUUAUCGAUAUUGUCUCCCCCUUUCCCUUCAUCUCUACCGAAUAUCCAUGUUCUCUGGGUCGUCUGAGAAGUUAUGGUGGCUAAUAUCGCAGACAUUAUACAUAACCCAGCUGCUGUCGAUUGUCCGCAUCUGACAUUCGCGAUUGUUUCAUCUCGCUCGAAGGCAACAGUUUCAAUAAACGCGAGCAAUUCCAUCGACCCACGAAAUUAAGCGAAAUCGGCGGAGAGAAGCGCGGCGAGCAGUGAGAUUUGCGAAGAGAGAGAGAAUCAGGCCAGAGAGAUGUGAAUUCAUACGUAUUUGUCAGUUGACAGAUUGCAUGGAAUAAGUCAAAAUAACGAGAUAAGAGUAAACGCGACCCUGAGAACAAUCCAAUAUUCACUCGAAUCUAAUGAUCGAAAGCUCAAGAAAUAUCAAGAAAUUUAACUGAAGUAUUCAGUAACGACGAUUGACAAUGUUUAAGGAUAUAGAAGGAUAUGUCGCUCUGCAUCUUAGACGCGAUCAAUGGUUUCGGCGACGACGACCAGGUCGGAUAAUCUUAUCGAUAAUGCCCUGAAAGAUUUAACAAGAAAAAAUACAAGAUCAAACUACACGAAUUGAUCACUUUCUUCUUCUCAUUGGCAACGAAAAUUCUGAUAUAAUCGCGGAUUAAUUCAAUGGAAGAAUAAUUCUGCUAUUCUCACAAUCAAGAUGAACAUUAACGAUCCACAAGGGAGCGACGUAACGAACUAUUAAUCGUCAAAUAGCUUAGCGCAACUCGGUGUUUACUCGCUCGAGUUCGCAUCCAGAACAAGGAACAUUGUCGUUGUGUGAACGCGGAUUUUGGUGAUUCGUGAUCAGGACCAUGGACAAGCCGCGUAAUCGGGCGAUUGUCCGGCAGUCAAGGAGCCGUUCACCGACCGUUAUCGGAAAGAUAGAGUCGGAAUGCUGCACGCUGUUAUGCUAGGUAGCGGUCCAGGACGGGGGAGACGCGAGUGGUAUCCAGGAUUUUACCUUCAACGUCGUCGUAUUGGCUGCAGAAUGAACCGUGGCGAGCAGGAAACGCUCUUCCGGCAGAGUCGACAGAUCACGCGGAUUGUACCCUCCCGCGAGGAUCUUGUCUUGAGCGUUCUCAAGUCGCCGAUUAAUCAACAGCAGCAGCAGCAGCAGCAACAUCAACAGCAGCAGCAGCAACAUCAACAACAGCAACAACAACAACAACCACAACAGCAGCAACAACGGCAGCAGUAUCGACAUCCGUAUCAAUCACAAAGCCAGAGUCACUUUAAUUGCCCAAGUCAUCCAAAUAAUAAGAAGUGCAAUCCUUCAGGUGACGCGUACAACAACGAGAGUCUUCCACGAAGCAAGGACCAAUGCUCUAGGCACGUGGAAAAGCGGUGCAGCGUCACGACCGCCUACGCUGCCCUCCAAGGCAGCGAGGACGAGCUCGUGGCCGAGCAGGGCCUCGAUACGGAGGACACUGCGUUGAAGACGCCUGGCAGUGAGACCGAAGACACCGAGGAUAACGGCGCGAACGCGGAGGACGCGCCGUCGCCGGCGCGCCGUUUCACCUUCCUACGUCGCUUCCGUUCGCCACGCUUUGGCGAAGCGCACCACAAGCGGGUGCCGACGCCCAUGAAGCGGAAGUAUCGGCGAAAAAAGAGCAAGGAGGACAUCAUCGAGAAUGACGUGGCCGGCGCCGAGGAGGAGGAACCGCCGAGUCCCGAUCAGACCGGCAUGCCUGAUCCGUAUUAUCCGAUCUACCUGCCGAUCGAUCAGGCCUUCAAGGCCAAGUACGUGUUCCAUCAUAAGAGGGGCAAGACUUUUCAGGAGCGGCUUUACGUGUUUCUCGAGCAUCCCGGCGGCUGGCUGUGUUUCAUCUACCAUUUCGCUGUGUUCAUGGUGGUAUUGGUGUGCCUCAUAUUUAGCGUUUUGUCAACGAUAGACCAAUACAGUAAUUUCGCAAACGAAACUCUGUUUUGGAUGGAAAUAUGUCUCGUGGUAUUCUUCGGAGUCGAGUACAUGGUUCGAUUAUGGAGCGCGGGUUGCAGAUCGAAGUACAUGGGUUGCUGCGGGCGGCUACGAUUCAUACGGAAACCGAUUUGUAUCAUAGAUUUAAUCGUUGUGGUAGCGUCCAUGGUGGUUCUAUCAGUGGGAAGCAACGGUCAAGUAUUUGCCACUUCCGCCAUCAGGGGUAUUCGAUUUUUGCAAAUUCUUCGAAUGCUUCAUGUCGAUCGUCAGGGCGGCACGUGGCGGCUUUUAGGUUCCGUGGUUUUCAUACAUCGUCAGGAAUUAAUCACAACGCUAUACAUUGGGUUCUUGGGCCUCAUUUUCAGCAGCUACUUCGUGUAUCUUGCCGAAAAAGAUGCAGUCGGACCUGACGGCAAAACAGACUUCUCCAGUUACGCCGAUGCGCUUUGGUGGGGAGUGAUCACAGUAACGACAAUAGGUUACGGUGAUACGGUUCCGCAAACAUGGAUGGGAAAAAUUGUGGCUUCAUGUUUCAGCGUGUUUGCUAUAUCCUUUUUCGCACUUCCAGCUGGUAUCCUAGGUUCCGGCUUCGCAUUAAAGGUACAGCAAAAGCAACGGCAGAAGCAUUUUAAUCGACAAAUACCAGCUGCCGCGAUGUUGAUACAAUGCCUGUGGAGGUGUUACGCUGCCGACAAGGCCAUCAACAGCGUCGCCACGUGGAACAUCUACAUCAAGGACCCGGCGCCAACCGGACAGCCUUCGACACCCCUUGGCAAGUUGAUUUGUGUAAAGAAGAUGUCUCUGAUGAUCCAGGUGGCAAAGAAGGCGAGCGUGCUGAAGAGGCGGAAGUCGCGGAAUCGGAUGGAUGGCCAGCAGCAGCAACAGCAAUCGGCCGUGCCGCCUGUCACGAUAUCCGGCGGCAUAUCAGCUGGCGCCGGAACUGGCCAGAACGACAAUCAACGCCUCGAGAACGAGGGGGACGUGGUUUUUUACAUGGAGGAGCCUAAAGCGGGCACGCCGAAUCGCGCCAGACGCGACAAUCGCGUGUUUCCGAUUGGCAGGGGAAGCCUCUUCACUUCGCAGACGAGCUCGGUGACGGAGGCAACUAGCGAUGAAAUUGACAUCGACAUCGAGGAACCGCAAAGAGUCACCACGCUGACAGAAGCACACCGAAAUGCUAUCCGGGCAAUCAGGAAGAUCAAGUACUUCGUGGCUCGCAGAAAGUUUCAACAGGCUCGAAAACCAUACGAUGUGCGUGAUGUCAUUGAACAAUAUAGCCAAGGUCAUUUGAACAUGAUGGUGCGGAUUAAGGAGUUACAGAGGAGAUUGGAUCAGACCCUGGGUAAACCGGGGAGCUACCUGGCGGGAAUCGACCGGGCAGGCAAUGUAAAACCCAUGACGAUUGGUGCGCGCUUAUACAGAGUGGAGCAGCAACUAUCGGUGAUGGACAAGAAGUUGGACCAGUUGAUGUAUGUACUAAACGCGGUAGCUCAGAAACAACAGAUACCUCUGCGUAGUAUAGAGGACGAUGUGUAACAGAGAGCCCCCGGCGAACUCGUGCAAUCCGUUUUGCUAUCACCCGCAGUUCCACGGGCCCUGCCACGCGUUACUAUAACUACGGUGACGCCGAAUAUGCUCAGUGAGAGCUUUUAACGUGAGAGAUAGCACGCGUAUGAGAGUAUUGUUAUAGCUACUUGGCUCUAUUCACCUCGAGAGAAUCCACGAUGUGAAGAGAUCGCAGGGAUAAUCUCGACUUUUGUAAAUUCCACUGAGAUCAUACAAGUCCAUGCUUGCAUAUCUUUGUAAUUUAAUGGAAUGGACGUAAUAAUUGAUCAUAAAAUCGCCGUUAUAUGACUUGUAUAUCUCGGCAGGAGAUAUAAUAAGAGCAAUUGUGACAGAGGCAUGUGUCGAUUGCGAGAGGAGUCUUUGAGCGUAAACGUUUUGACGACAAAGUCAAACGCACAGGAUGAUGCAUAAUCAACGAGGCGCGGAAUCGGGAGACAGAAGUUGCGGCGCAAUUCUCCCCGCAAUUGCGCCACGUGAACGACGCUUUGUAGAAUUGAAGACGGAGGCAUGCGAGAUACCGUACGCGUAGCUAUCAAAGGAAGGGCGCGAAAGAAAUACAUUAUUCAUCGAGGGGUGAUCUCGGCCUUAUCAAGGGGAAGAAAAAAAGGAGCUAUACAACGCUGUUCCAUAUUUUCAGUUCGCCGAAAGAAUGGGUAAACGCCAACAAGGGAACAUCAUAUAUUUCGGGCCAACUAGAAAUAAUAAAGAGGAACAAUAACCGAACUUCCUAGAUUUUCAAACUUGUCGAUUAAAAUCAUAGACUGCUGAUCUCGGUUGAACGUUUCAUCGUGAACCGUCAUCAGGUAUUAAAGGAGAUUCCAAAGCGGUUCUCGAUAUAUAGCAUUUUAUGGUCCGGUUGUGCUUCAACAUGGGCCUUGACAUAUAUAUGGGUCCCAUAAAACUAUGACGGAAUCAAUUCGAGAUCGUUGCCCGCAAAUUCAGCUUCGAUUUUGGGCUUGAUCUCUCGCGAUUUAUUCGUAUCCCAAAUUUACUUUACCUUCGGCCUAGCACAAAUGUAGAUACUUCGAAGUAACUCGCUUCAUAAAGCUGCGCAUACGAUUCUUUUCCAUCUUCUUUUUUUAUGGCUACGAUCACACUUGCCUACAGCGCUGAAAAGCAAUAUGUCUACGUAGAUUAUAGGUGCUGUGCUAUGUGAAAAAAGAAAUUCUUGAUACGAUACAUGUUCUCUCGUAUAUGUAUCGUAUCUAUACAAUUAGUCUUCGAUACACGCGUGAAUCUUGAGGAAGGUCUUGAGGAAGGUCUUAAGAGACUUAAAUGAUAUGCUUUCUGUACGAAAAUAGAAGGGAAAAAUGUAUAUAUCGCGAUUCUCGUAUAGAAGCGUAUAAAAAUACAAUUUAUAUUUUGUACGUAGAUUAUAUUUACAGAAAAACACAUUAAGUGAUCGGAUACGUGCACCGCGAUCUUGAAUCCCGCGCACGACUCUCGUAGCGUUUGGUCCAUACGCGAAACACUCUUAUUUAUUGCUAAAAUCGAAGCCACGAACUGCGAUGUCAGCGAAUUUCUGAGGAAUACAAUCUAGCAGAUUUUUUUUAUUAUAACGUAGAUUAAAGAACGUUCCAACGAAUUGGAGAGGCAUCGAUAUAUUAGAAAACGGAUGCGAAUGAUUGCAGUUCUUAUGAUUUCUCAACUGCCAAGAUAGUUUUAACGAAACGAGCAAUAUAUAUAAGCGAUGAUAAGUUCAGAUAAGUCGUUAACGAUAAGCGGAUUCGCGUUGUCUCGCAAUUCGUGGCGUCGAUUGCUUAACGAUCAGUCCUUCGCAGGCGGAAGAUUGUUCUUUAUCAAGCGAAUCUGUCGCACUUUAUAUAUCUAUCACAUCUGAUAUAUAU